AUGAAGCAAAGUACCGGAGAAAGCCUUAAAGACUACUUGAGGCAUUUUACGGAGGAAAUGUUUACUUUUGAGGAGUGUGAUUCUCAUACUGCUUCGUUGGCAUUUCGUGAGGGGGUCAUACCUGGAAUAAAAAUGCACAGGUCUUUAGUGAAGACCCCACCAGUGGAUAUGAGGGAAAUGAUGGCCCGGGCGGAUGGAAUCAUCAUACUAGAAGAAGAAGAGCUCACCCAGUCAAAACGCGCCACUUCCGCCAUUGCGAUCCCAAAGCCUCCACUAGAGCAGAAGGUGGAGACGAAGCGAUAUUCCUCAAGACAAGAGUCUAGCAACGGACCUAGACAAAGCCGACCCUUCACCAGGCUCACGGUGAGUUUAGCUAAACUUUUUCAUGAGAACAAGGGCAAAUGUAUAUUUCGAAUGCCACCUGCAAUUCGUGAAUCCCUAGAAAAGCGAGACAGGAACAAGAUGUGUGCCCAUCAUAACGACUUUGGACAUACCACUGGUGAGUGCAUAAGUCUCAGGUAUCAGGUGGAGACAAUGUUGAGAAAGGGAAUGUUAUCCCAGUACAGCGCUGAACCUGAGAAUAGGGCAAAUGAAGAAAGUGGGUCAAAAACAAUAACUGGAAAUAUCACAAACGAAGAACUGCUGGAGAUCAACACCAUCCAUGGUCGACCGAAUCCCGUGAAAGGAAAGGAGGCUCAAUCUUGGUUCGAAAAAACACGAGCUAAAUAA